CCCCCUUCAAAAUAAUAAAUCUCCAAUUUAGCUGAUUAGUAAAUAACGCUGUCUUCUACUUUUGUUUCCUACAAAUAGGAGGCCAUCUCGUUUUUGCACAUCAUCUCCGCUUUCAUUUCAUCCAUUUCAAAACCCACAAAUCAAGAGAAGGAAAAAGGAAAAGAAUCCUUGAAAUUAUUUAGCAUUUACAGGCGGAGUAAUGGCGGAUCAGUUGACUGAUGAACAGAUCUCUGAGUUUAAGGAGGCUUUCAGCCUUUUCGACAAGGAUGGCGAUGGUUGCAUCACCACGAAGGAGCUUGGAACCGUCAUGAGGUCCCUGGGGCAGAACCCCACUGAGGCUGAGCUCCAAGACAUGAUAAACGAGGUGGAUGCUGAUGGUAAUGGAACCAUUGACUUCCCUGAGUUCUUGAACCUCAUGGCGAGGAAAAUGAAGGACACUGACUCAGAGGAGGAGCUAAAAGAGGCAUUCCGCGUGUUUGACAAGGAUCAGAACGGUUUCAUCUCUGCUGCUGAGCUGCGCCAUGUGAUGACAAACCUCGGGGAGAAGCUAACUGAUGAGGAAGUCGAUGAGAUGAUCAGGGAGGCCGAUGUUGAUGGUGAUGGACAGAUCAACUACGAAGAGUUUGUCAAGGUGAUGAUGGCCAAAUGAUCAGCUCGCCCUUUAGUAAGUCUGGACAAGCUUUUAUAGGUCGAAAAAAUUGAAAAACAAAAAGAACUUGGAAAAGAAUGGAUGAAGAGUUUGGCUGGCUAGUCUGAACAUGGCUUUCUAGUUUUGGUUUUCAUCUUUCCGUCUUUAUGGUUUUGAGUUGUUGAAUAUUUAAUGAUCUGUUGUUGUCUUGACUAUCCUUUCUGAUAUGUAUUUGUGACUCCUUAUUUGCAGCAAUUCUAGUUUCCCUACCACUCCUGUAAGCUCUUUUGCCAUGAUUGUCCAAACUUGAAUGUUUAUCAAUUUUGUUUGGGGCUGAUUCUUUCA